UACGUUUAAUAACAACAUCAGAAUUGUAACUCACAUCAUCGUGCAGUUGAUUUGAAGUUCUCGUAAUCGCAUGUAGUAAUAAAUUAGUGUUUGGGUGUACCUAAAACUUACUUCAGACAGGUUUACAAAUGAUCCAACGAGUUUAAAAGAUCAUGAGUGCGGAAAUACUAGCAAUUUUCAUUGUAUCCAUUGUGUCAUUUGUGAUAAUAGUCUUCAAGUGGCGAUUUAAGUACUGGAACAGGAAGAAUGUCUACACAAUUAGUCCUUCGAUACCCCUGGGUAAUUUUCACGACACCAUCCUUCGGAAAACAUCACUUUCAAUGGAACUGUACCACAUGUACAACCUUCUAAGAAGCAAAGGAUUAAAAUACGGUGGAAUUUACAUGUUUCUACAGCCGCUUCUUCUAGUCACAGAUUUGGACCUUGUGAAAGACAUAUUCGUGAGGAACUUCCAAAACUUCAGUGACCACAUCAUUUACGCCAAUGAAAAAGUCGAUCCUCUAUCAGGGAAUUUGUUCAGUUUGAAAGGAGCUAAGUGGAGGGCCCUCAGGGUCAAAUUGACCCCGACUUUUACGUCAGGGAAAAUAAAAAUGAUGUUCGAGACAAUGGUAAAUUGUACGAAACAACUUCGGGAACUCCUGGACGAAUUUGUUAGUAAAUCUGAGCCCAUAGACAUCAAAGAAACGAUGGCCAGAUAUACGACCGAUAUUAUUGGAUCGGUGGUUUUCGGAAUUGAUUGUAACUGCCUACAAAAUUCUGAUACGGAAUUUAGAAAGUAUGGAAAAAGGAUUUUCGAAGGAAGCAUUGUGAAAGUCGGUAAACGCAUAGCAUCUGUAUGCGUGCCAGGAUUAUUUAACUAUUUCAAUAUACCUCUAAAUGAUAAAGGUGUCGAGCGGUUCUUUAUAAAAAUUGUUAAAGAUACAAUCGAUUACAGAGAAAAACAUCAUAUCGAUCGUAAAGAUUUUAUGAAACUGCUUAUGGAAUUGAAGACCCAAAAGAUUUCAUUGGAAGGUAAAGGUUCCGACGAGGAGAAUAACAAAGUCGUUUAUUCGCAAGAUGGACUGUCUCUAAAUGAAAUAACUGCGCAGGCGUUCGUGUUUUUUGCGGCUGGUUUUGAAACGUCUUCAACAGCUUUGACAUUUCUAAUGUACGAACUGGUGAUGAACCUCGACAUCCAGGAAAAACUCAGGAAUGAAAUUAAUACGGUUUUAGGGAAACAUAACGGAGAAAUAACUUACGAUGCUAUCAUGGAAAUGAGUUAUUUGGACAAGUGUUUUCAAGAGAUACUCAGAAAACAUCCUCCAGCUGCGUCAUUGUCAAGGAUUUGUACAAAAACCUACAAAAUUCCUGGAUCUGAUGUGGUACUGGAAGAAGGAGACAACGUGUUCAUUUCGGUAUAUGGAAUCCAUCAUGAUCCAGAAUUUUAUCCAGACCCGGAAAAAUUCGAUCCAGAAAGAUUUUCAGAAGAAGAAAAGAGCAAGAGAGACCCAUUUACGUUUCUACCUUUCGGUGAAGGACCCAGAAUAUGUAUUGGUUUAAGGUUUGCUGCGAUGCAAGUGAAAGUGGCAGUGGUGGCAUUGCUUAGUAAUUACAAAUUCACGCUGAAUAAUAAGACACAAACACCUUUGGAGUACGACCCUGUACAAUUCGUUUUGUCCGUGAAGGGUGGAGUAUGGCUAAACGCCGAACGACUAUAAUAAUUAUAAUAUAAACUAAAAUAAAGUAAUGUUUAUUAUAUGUUUGUGUUGUAAAUUAAGUAUUUAAUAAACUGAAACGUUACAUAUGUUUCAAAAAAAC